UAAGUGAUUUGAAUACCCAGACUCAUUUCACUAUCUGAUUUGAAUAUAAACAGGAAACUCUUCGCCAGUCCCCUUGUGUUAUAUAGAGGUCUAUUUACGUGAAAAACCCAUCACUCAUUUGUGACAGUCAUCCAGUUCUGUGGGUCGUUACUUUCACAGAGGGAAAAAACGUUAAUCACCUCUAUUUAACUAUACUUUGUGAACAUACGCGGCACUCAAAAUGCGCGAAUGCAUCUCUGUUCACGUUGGUCAAGCUGGAGUUCAGAUUGGAAAUGCCUGUUGGGAAUUGUACUGUCUUGAACAUGGUAUCCAGCCCGAUGGUCAGAUGCCAAGUGACAUGACUCUUGGAGGGGGAGAUGAUUCGUUCAAUACUUUCUUCAGCGAGACAGGGGCUGGCAAGCAUGUUCCUAGAGCCAUAUUUGUUGACUUGGAGCCCACUGUUGUCGACGAAAUAAGGACUGGUACAUAUCGUCAGCUCUUYCACCCCGAGCAGCUCAUCACUGGAAAGGAAGAUGCUGCCAAUAACUAUGCACGGGGUCACUAUACCGUUGGCAAGGAGACCAUCGAUCCUGUGCUGGAUAGAAUUAGAAAGUUGGCAGACCAGUGUACUGGUCUUCAAGGCUUCCUUAUAUUCCAUUCGUUUGGAGGAGGUACUGGAUCUGGAUUUACAUCUCUUUUGAUGGAGCGUCUCUCUGUUGACUAUGGCAAAAAGUCCAAACUGCAAUUCUGUAUCUACCCAGCGCCUCAAGUAUCCACUGCAGUUGUGGAGCCCUACAAUGCUGUGUUAACAACCCAUACAACCCUCGAACAUUCUGACUGUGCUUUCAUGGUUGACAAUGAAGCAGUGUUUGAUAUCUGUCGUCGCAAUUUAGACGUGGGAAGGCCAACGUACACCAACCUCAACAGGCUGAUAGCUCAGGUUGUGUCCUCUAUAACAGCUUCGCUUCGUUUUGACGGCUCACUCAAUGUCGAUCUUACUGAGUUCCAAACUAAUUUGGUCCCAUAUCCUCGUAUCCAUUUUCCCAUGGCUACUUAUGCCCCAGUGAUCUCUGCUGAAAAAGCCUAUCACGAGCAGUUGAGUGUAGCAGAAAUAACUAAUGCCUGCUUUGAGCCACCCAAUCAGAUGGUGAAAUGUGACCCACGUCAUGGCAAGUAUAUGGCUUGCUGCUUGCUUUAUCGUGGAGAUGUUGUCCCAAAAGAUGUCAAUGCUGCAAUUGCUCACAUCAAGACCAGGAGAACUAUCCAGUUUGUGGACUGGUGUCCAACUGGCUUUAAGGUUGGCAUUAACUACCAGCCACCUACAGUUGUUCCGGGAGGUGACUUGGCAAAGGUUCAACGUGCUGUGUGCAUGUUGAGCAACACCACAGCCAUUGCUGAGGCCUGGGCUCGUCUCGAUCACAAGUUUGACUUGAUGUAUGCCAAACGUGCCUUCGUACACUGGUUUGUUGGCGAAGGAAUGGAAGAAGGAGAGUUUUCUGAAGCUCGUGAAGAUUUGGCUGCGUUGGAGAAGGACUA